AUGGCCGGGUACAUGAUGCCAGGCUAUGGGAUGCAGCAGCAGUCCUAUGGAAUGCCGCAAGUGCAAAUGACGCCUGAGCAGCAACAACAACAGCAGAUGCAACAGUACCAGCAGCAGAUGCAGCAGCAGCAGCAGUUGCAGCAGCAACAGUACCAGCAGUACCAGCAACAAUACGGUCAGCAACCGCAGUACCAACAGUACGCGCAGCAGGCGCAACAGCAGCAACAGCAGCAGCAGCCGCAGCAGCAACAACCACAGCAACAACAGCAGCAAGCGGGCGGUGGCCAAGGCCCUUUAGCAGUGGCUGGUUGUGCAGAUGCGACCGUGGGGAAUAUCGUCAGAGGCACUUUCAACUUACAGACGGAGAAUCAUGGCCGGCCCGUCUACAAGAAGAAUGAGCCUGUGGCCAACAACCCCACGCUGGACGUGCUGAUCUACUUCUGGGACGAGCGUGAUGGCGCGAACUUCUGCGGGUGGUGGUUUGGGCCCAAGGUCGGGGGUGACCAGGUCUGGGCCUACAACAGCGAGAGGAGCGCGACGCCCCCGUCCACGGGCUGGCGUGUGCCCUACGACGGCGCGGUGGACCCCAGCUUCGUGAUCAGCCCUGCGGGCCAGGGCUACGGACAGGCGUAUGGAGCGCAAUAUGGCCAGCAGGGCUAUGGAGGGCAAGCCUAUGCCCAGCAGCCGGGCUACCCCCAGCAGUACCAACAGCAGCAGAUGCAGCAGCAGCAGAUGCAGCAACAGCAGUACCAGCAGCAACAGAUGCAGCAGCAGCAGAUGAUGCAGCAGAAGCAGCGGGAGGAGGAGAUGGCGCGACGGCGUCAGGAGGAGCAGCGCCGCGAGCAGCAGGGCGUCAUGACCUGCCAGCAGAUCUUGCAGAAGCUCCAGGCGGUGACGCCGGAGACCUACGACCACAUCAAGGACGAGGUGGAGAAGAUGGUGAUGCAGAAGCUGCCGGAGUGUGGCACCCAGGCAGAGGCGAUGAAGGCUGAGGCCAUGCAGCAGUUCCAGGUGGCCCAGAUGCGGGUGGAGCAGAUCAAGCAGCAGCGCGCAGAGGAGGAGCGCCUGAACGCGGAGCGCAGCGAAGAGGCCAAGAAGCUGCUGGCGGAGCUCAGCACUUUGGUGGACAAAGCUGAGCAGGACACCGCGGAGCUAAAGACGGCGGCUGCCCCGGUGCUAGAGGCCAAGUCCAUGUCGGAGGAGGAGGCGAAGACCGCAGGCAAGGCAGUGAGCGAAGUGUCCGUGGCGGCGAAGGCAUCCUGCAAGGCCUGCUCGGACUUCAUCGUGGAGCGAAAGGUGGGCAUCGACUGCGUGAAGCCUCCGCACCUGGCGGCGAUCCGGGAGGAGCAACUGAAGCUGCAGGGCCGCAUCCAGGAGUGCUACAAGGUGGUGGUGUCCGCCACCAUCUCGGCCAAGGUGAUGAUCGACAAAGCGAUCAGGAAGACCCAGGCGGAGAAGGUCUUCGAGAAGCGCGCCUCUGCCUUCGACAAGUACAACAGCCGCAAGGACCAAGUCUUCACGGCGGAUGACAUCGUCCUGUACGCCAAGGGCGAGUUUUCCUUCGUUUUGUCCAAGGAGAGCGCCGCGAACAUCGUGAAGAAGUUCGGGGACGGGAAAUCGGUGCCCCGCGCCCGGUUCCAGCGCAUCAAGGUGGCCGUGGGCAUCGCCCGGGAGGAGGACGCCUCGAGGCUCCGGCGCGAGGAGGCGGAGCGCAAGCGCCUGGCCUUGGAGGCCAAGAAGAAGGCCAUCGAGGCAGACGUCCAGAAGGUCCUCGACACCCUUCAGGAGGUUGAGCCCACGAUUGCCAAGGCAGAGGAGGCAGGAAAGGCGGAGCACCUCUCCAAGGAGUACUUGGCAGGAACUCCAGACAAGGAGGCAGUUGCAACUGCCCUGGCGGCUGCAGAUAGCACGCUGAAAGAUGCGCAGAGCGAGCUGUCAGACGUGCGAUCCAGGCUGACUGACAUGGUGAGUUCUGCAGACGAAGACGUGAAACAGUACGUCCAGAUGGAGACCCGGAAGGUGGACCUGAAGGUGCAGUCCAUGAACGCGCGGCUGCAAGGCACCUCUGUGGCGGCGGACCGGGGCCGCAGCUUUUUGCAGCACCUGGAGGUUUUGGAGCUCCAGGCGGCAAAGCUGGAGGUGGCCAAACUGCUGCGGUCCAAGAAGUUGGAUGCCGAGGAGCUCUUCAAGGCGGCGGACAAGGAUGCGGAUGGCACGGUGAACUUGGCCGACUUCAACUCCUUCCUGGAGAGCUGCGAGAACUGCCAGGUGAGCGGCGAGAAGAUCGAGAAGGUUUUUAACCAUCUUUCCGAUGGGAACGGUCUCAGCAAGGAGUCGCUGUACCUGGCCUCGCGGACUUACUACUCGGUGGUGUCGGACAUCGUGAUCACGGACCAGCAGGGUCUGGAGGGCGAGACUCUGCGGCGGCUGGAGCUGAAGGAGCUGCUGGAGCUGCUGGAAGGCCCGGUGGUGGUGGAGAGCGCGGGUUUGCAGCGGGUGAAGUGCCGCACCAUCGACGGCACCGAGGGCUGGGUGACGUUGACCGGGAACAACGGCACCUCCUACCUGCAGGUCUCGGAGGGUGUGCUCCAGGCUAGUGGUGAAGUGGGAUUAGAGCUAGAAUCUUGA